AUGGCUACACUGGCUUGCGACAUUUGCAGAUCAAGAAAGACUCGCUGUGAUGAAGAUCGACCAAGAUGCGGUUACUGCAGGAACAUGAAUUUGGAGUGCACUUAUCAGGCACCGCGAAAUACGAAGAAAGAUCAGUCUUUAACAUUAGCCAUCAAUGCCAUUCGGAGGCUGGAAGCAAAGAUCGAAGAUCUGACGACGGCAAUUAAUACUCCCAAGCCUUCGUCUGCUAUUCCACUCUCACCAGCAGGACCUAUCAAUGACCACCAAUCACCUCAUACCCUGUUCUCACAACCCAGUCCAGGAUAUCAUGUCUCAACAAUACCAUCUCAUCACUCCCAGAACGGUAAAUUGAGUAUACAUGAGUUGGCAAUGUCGCCACAAGUUGUGGGAACUCCUGUCAAAAGUCCUUUCCCGGUCAUAGAAGUCCAAGGUGCUGUGGAUCUUUCCUUCAGUCAGCAUCGUGUCGCGCUCUGGCCCGCCAUACAACAGAUUCUCCCCACUGGAUUUGUCUCUGUUCGAGCAGAGCUUCCAGAGGACUACAUAGUCGACAUCGAGAAUCGAAGAGCGCAGUUACCGAUACACAUCGAUCGUCCAUACGGCACCGCCCCGGAAAGUUGGUUGAUGAGCCUUCCACAGUCGGCAGUGAAAGGACUUGCGGAUGCGUACUUUGCCGUUUUUCAUCGCAACAUGCCAAUCCUUGACAAGUAUCAUUUCUUCUCAAGUACGCUAGGCACAGCUAUGGAGAACGAAUUCGGGUAUGAUGUUGAAACUGCGCUAGUGCUCAACGUGCUCGCAUUGGGUUGCCUAGCUGUCAAAGCUCAUGAGGAAGGGGACUUCGCUCUUCCUUCGCGUCACUCUGCAGCCAGACCUGGCUUUGAACACCCAGACUGGUACGAACUUGUUGCAGAUGACCCACCGGGCCUCAAGUUUUUCAACGAAGCGAGACACCGAUUCGGUUUUCUCAUGUGCGAGAAUGAUAUACAAGCGGGCCAAUUCUACAUGCUUUCGACGCUCUACUAUGCCCAGAUCCUGCGACCUCUCGAUUCAUGGACCACCGUGAAUCGGGCAGCCCUCUGCUGCGCUAGCAUUCUUACCCGUUCGGGGGCAGUCGACUACGAUACAUGGGAAGGUGACAUGCUAUCGCGCCUCUUCUGGUGUACUCUGAUGUACGAAACUGUCAUUAUACAGGAACUCGACUUACUUCCACACAGUGGACUAUUGGACUAUGAGCCAGAUACGCCUCUACCAAAGUUCACCCAAUGCCCACGGCCAAAGACUUCUAUAUCGGGAUUGCUCACUGAUGAAGACGACUCUUUCUUCAAUUUCCACUUCCUCGCUCAGGCCGCUCAUCGCAUUAUUCUGACACGCGUGAAGCAGAGUUUGUACACGUUUGCUGAGAAGGAUAGCUACCCCAGCGCCAGCUUAACAGCCGAAAUGCAUCACCAACUCGAGCAAUGGCGCGCAAACCUCCCACCGUCUCUUCAAUUCUUGGACAAUGACAACGCCAGUGACUCUCCCAGCCCUGCACAUGUUAUCGCAAAAGCCAUGCUACGAAGCCGCUACCUCGUCGCAAAAUUCCACAUCGGCCGCCCAUUUCUCUACAAAGCGCUGCACGCGCCAGCAUACACCAGUGAUGCAGAGUACGACGAGGUGCGCGAGGGCCUUCGAGGGGGCAUGUACUGGCCGACUACCAUGGGGCUUUGCACCCAGAUGUUGUCGGCUCUACCAAUAAAAUUUGGAUGGUGUUGUCAGUGCUUCGGACAGGUGCUAUUGUUUCACGCCGUAGCGCGGUCGCCAGACCCAAAGUUGCGAGAAACGCUGCCGGAGGGAUGGCGCGAGUGGGUAAGCAUCAUGAUGACACUUAUCGAGAGUUGUGCGAGGAAUAGUCCUGGUAUCGCAAAAGACUACGAGCUAUUGCGCUUGCUGGAUGCCUAA